AUGGCCUAUCCUUUUGGACUGUUCGCUUCUAGUAUUCUACCGUAUCUGCCGUUCUACUCGUGCUAUUCGCUACCACAAAAACGAUCAUCGUACUUCAUUAAGGACAUAAUCGGUGAAAUCGAUGAGUCUCCUCAAUUGGACGAUUUUGGGAGAAGUGUGGAGAAUUUGACGGAGAAUACGAAUAGGCCGAUUAAGAAGAAAAAGGCGAGAACGACGUUCAGUGGACGUCAGAUCUUCGAACUUGAAAAGCAAUUUGAGUCAAAGAAGUAUCUCUCAAGCGCUGAGCGCAGUGAGCUCGCCAAAAACCUUCAUGUCACAGAAACCCAGGUAAAAAUUUGGUUUCAAAAUCGUCGUACAAAGUGGAAGAAGGCUGACCAGGACCGUCGUGAUCGAGUCGUCCCAUGCCAAAUGCCGACCGAUGAAGAACAAGAGAAACACUAG